UUUUAAUAUUAAUCUCGAAGCAUAAAUGAUGACAAUUUGACCUCUUAUUAGGAGUUUGUUCCGCGACGCAAGAUGAGUAGCGACCAACCGUUAGCGAUUAAUGUUGCUGUUAGUAGUGAUAUCGUUGUGGAGCCUGAUUCGUCUAUGAAGUUGAAGGUACAGGACAAGCGGGAUAAGGAAAAAAUUGUUGAUACUCAAAACACUGUUGAGUUCACUAUGGAAAGGACGCCGCUUGUUUCACAUAGUGUAAUGAAGCAUUUGAGUGAGUCAUGCAAACGACUCGCUAAUAUUCUUACUGAUCUGCCCCCUGGUGUGGAAUCCAUAUCUUUUCAAUUAGAUGCUGAGGUAUUCGGAUACAAGGAAAAUUUUUCUAGCUAUAUCUCAAAGGAGGAUGUUGUCCAACUUCUCAGUGGGGCUUGGUUAAAUAUAUCAACCAUACAAAUAUUCAUCAUGGCCUUACACGAAAAAUGCAAGAACUUGAGUGUUGACUCAAUCACAUUCAUGUGUCCGCAAUUGAUUUCAGCAACUACAUUGUUGGCAAGUUCGGAGAACAUAGAUGAAGCAUGUGAAUACAUGGCAAGGGUAAUGAAAGCAGCUUCCGAAAACAAUCAAAAGAUCCUAGCCCCAUAUCAUCAGAACAAUCAUUGGGUGCUUCUUGUGAUUUACCCUACCAUAAAUACGGUUCACGUAUUUGAUUCAAUUAAGAAGAAACGCAGCCUAGCAAUAAGAGUGGUAUUGGAUAGUGCCUUCGAAACUUACAAGGCAUAUGGUGGGAAAAGUAAAGGUCCACAAUUACAAUGGGGUGCUGCUGUGUGUGCUCAACAGGAUGGGGGUACUGAGUGCGGGUAUUUUACUUCAAGGUUCAUGUAUGACAUAGUCCACUCAUAUAGUGGAAGUGAAAAUCUAUUCAAGGAUUUUAAGGUGACUAAACCUUAUACUAACGGGCAAAUUCGUAAAGUUUUAACUUGUUGGGCUCUAUACUUUUUGGACUUUGUAUUCUCCUGA